CAUUGACUAUGUCUACAAGCACGUGUCGGAGAAGGACAGGUCCUUCCCUAGCGAGACGUACCGUCGUCUUAUUGACGAGAUCAAUUUUUGUGCCGCCCAGUUGUGAGGGAUCACACACACAUUGCCCGUCUGCGUGGGAUCUGCUGGGAGGUUCCGCUUGUGAAGCCCCUCGAGAAUAGUGAGGCGUGGCCAAUCCUUGUUUUCGAAAAGGCUCAAUGGGGUGAUCUUUGGCGGUUUGCGAGGACUCCGGCUGCUCGGGAGUUGGGGUUCGAAGAGCGACUCAAGAUAUGCCUUGAGGUUGGCCGUGCCAUUGCGGAUAUGCAUUUCAAUCGCGAGUUGCCGCUGUUCCCGUGGCCGCCACAGCGUUCACUGACUCUUGAACUGGUUAGACAUCAUACACGGCGAUAUAAAGCCCGAAAAUGUCCUCAUGUUGAAGAGGGAGGAUGGCUCGCUAUCAGCCAAAGUCGACGAUUUUGGCUACCUCGCCUCUUCUGGUGAUAGUAGCAACCUGUUGGAGCUGCCCAAUACCUCUCCAUGGCAUGCACCCGAGCGCCAGGAGCGUUCUAACCUUGCGCCAGCCGAGGUAAUGACUGCGGAUAUCUUCUCCUUUGGCAUGGUCUCUCUAUGGUUUGUAUUUGAAAAACAGCUUUUGAAGAUGGCGCAAAGUCCCGAUCAUGUGCCCGUGUCCUGUUUGGAUUACCUGAGUGACCCGGGGCCUGAUAGAAGCCAGGCUAUAGCAAACAAGCUUCGCUCCGCCAACUAUCUGCCAGAUCCAGCUAUCUUGAAGAUUCUCGCAGGCCAGCAAAUUUUCGCCGUACCACUGGCACAAACACUGAUCUCAGGACGGGAUGGCCUUGACGGGAAGCUGGGGACUGAAUUUAAGCCACUUUUUGAGGGUACUCUUGCACUGGAUCCGAAAGAGCCUGUGGCUGACCUGAGAGUGUUACUUGAGCUCAAGGCCCCAGAUCCGGAACAUGCAACCAAUUGGCCUCGGCCCACAUGUCAGAGGGUAGUUGAUGUGGACUUCAAGGUACUUAUGAGCCUACCCAGGUACAUAUUCAUGCUUGAUAUGCAUCCGCUGGCCAUAUUGCCCAUGUAG